AUGCAGGCAAGCUGUGCAGCAGGGUCUCCAGGGAAUGAAUGGAUUUUCUUCAGCGCCGAUGAAAGAAACACACGCUCUAGGAAAACAAUGUCCAACGGGGCACUGCUGAGAUGUGUCGUGCUGUCAACAUUUAUUCUACUACGGGCUGUUACUGGAUUCUCUGGAGACGGAAGAGCUAUAUGGGCUAAAAAUCCUCAUUUGAGUCCGGUAAAUGCAAGUCAGCUGUUUCUCUAUGACACUUUCCCUAAAAACUUUUUCUGGGGUGUCGGGACUGGAGCAUUUCAAGUGGAAGGGAGCUGGAAGACAGACGGAAAAGGACCCUCGAUCUGGGAUCAUUUCAUCCAGACACAUCUGAGGAAUGUCAACAGCAUGGGUGGUUCCAGUGACAGUUACCUUUUUCUGGAAAAAGAUUUAUCCGCUCUGGAUUUUAUAGGAGUUUCUUUUUAUCAAUUUUCAAUCUCCUGGCCAAGGCUGUUCCCUGAUGGAAUAGUAACCGUUGUCAAUGCAAAAGGUCUCCAGUACUAUAAUGUGCUUCUGGACGCUCUGGCACUUAGAAACAUUGAGCCUGUAGUUACCUUAUACCAUUGGGAUUUGCCUUUGGCUCUACAGGAAAAAUACGGGGGGUGGAAAAAUGCAACCAUGGUAGAUAUCUUCAAUGAUUAUGCCACAUACUGUUUCCAGACUUUUGGGGACCGUGUCAAAUACUGGAUUACAAUUCACAACCCAUACCUAGUUGCUUGGCAUGGGUAUGGUACAGGUAUGCAUGCUCCAGGAGAGAAGGGAAAUUUAGCAGCUGUCUACACUGUGGGACACAACCUGAUCAAGGCUCAUUCAAAAGUGUGGCACACCUACAACAGAGACUUCCGCCCUCAUCAGAAAGGUUGGCUGUCCAUCACGUUGGGAUCCCAUUGGAUAGAACCAAACAGGUCAGAAAACAUGAUGGACGUAAUCAAGUGCCAACAAUCCAUGGUUUCUGUGCUUGGAUGGUUCGCCAACCCCAUCCAUGGGGACGGUGACUACCCAGAGGUCAUGAAGAAGAAAUUGCUAUCCAUUCUACCCCCGUUCUCAGAGGCAGAGAAGGAGGAAGUGAGGGGCACGGCUGACUUCUUUGCCUUUUCCUUUGGGCCCAACAAUUUCAAGCCCCUGAACACCAUGGCAAAAAUGGGACAAAAUGUGUCACUCAACUUAAGACAAGUGCUGAACUGGAUUAAACUGGAAUAUGAUGACCCUCGGAUCUUGAUUGCUGAAAAUGGCUGGUUCACAGACAGUUAUGUAAAGACAGAGGACACCACAGCCAUCUACAUGAUGAAGAAUUUCCUCAACCAGGUUCUUCAAGCAAUAAAGUUUGAUGAAAUUGGAGUGUUUGGUUAUUCAGCCUGGUCUCUUCUGGAUGGCUUUGAAUGGCAGGAGGCCUACACUACCCGCCGAGGAUUGUUUUAUGUGGAUUUUAAUAGUGAGCAAAAAGAAAGAAAACCCAAGUCCUCCGCACAUUACUAUAAACAGAUCAUAAAAGAAAAUGGUUUCACUUUGAAAGAGUCCACACCAGAUCUGCAGGGUCAUUUUCCCUGUGACUUUGCCUGGGGAGUUACUGAAUCUGUUCUUAAGCCAGAGUUUAUGGCAUCCUCCCCACAGUUUACAGACCCGCACCUGUAUGUGUGGAAUGCCACUGGCAACAGGUUGCUACACCGGGUGGAAGGAAUAAGACUGAAAACAAGACCAGCCCAGUGCACAGAUUUUGUAAGCAUCAAAAAACAAGUGGAGAUGUUGGCCAGAAUAAAAGUCACCCACUACCGGUUUGCUCUGGACUGGGCUUCAGUCCUUCCUACUGGUAAUCUGUCUGUAGUUAACAGACAAGUCUUAAGGUACUACAGGUGCGUGGUGAGUGAGGGACUGAAGUUGGGCAUCUCCCCCAUGGUCACAUUAUACUACCCCACCCAUUCCCACCUAGGCCUCCCCAUGCCGCUUUUGAGCAGUGGGGGAUGGCUAAACGCCUCCACCAUGGAGGCCUUCCUAGACUACGCAGAGCUGUGCUUCCAGGAGCUGGGAGAUUUGGUGAAGCUCUGGGUCACCAUCAACGAGCCCAACAGGCUGAGUGACAUCUACAACCGCACGAGUAACGACACCUACCAGGCAGCCCACAACCUGCUGAUAGCCCAUGCCCGGGUGUGGCAUCUCUACGACAGGCAGUACAGGCUGACCCAGCGCGGGGCUGUGUCGCUGUCCCUGCACUCCGACUGGGCGGAACCCGCCAACCCCUACGUGGACUCGCACUGGAAGGCAGCUGAGCGCUUCCUCCAGUUCGAGAUCGCCUGGUUUGCAGACCCCCUCUUCAAGACCGGGGACUACCCGUUGGCCAUGAAGGAGCACCUCGCCUCCAGGAACCUGCGCGGGCUGUCCACCUCCGUCCUGCCGCGCUUCAGCCCCGAGGAGAGCCGGCUGGUGAAGGGCACCGCAGACUUCUACGCUCUCAACCACUUCACCACCAGGUUCGUGAUGCACGAGCAGCUGAGUGGCAGCCGCUACGACGCGGACAGGGACGUCCAGUUCCUGCAGGACAUCACCCGCCUGAGCUCACCCAGCCGCCUGGCCGUGAUGCCCUGGGGGGCGCGCAAAAUGCUCGGGUGGAUCCGGAGGAACUAUGGGGACCUGGACGUCUACAUCACUGCCAACGGCAUCGAUGACCAGGCUCUGGAGAACGACCGGCUCCGGAAGUAUUACUUGGAGAAGUACGUGCAGGAAACUUUGAAAGCAUACCUCAUCGAUAAGGUGAAAAUCAGGGGCUACUAUGCCUUCAAACUGACUGAAGAGAAAUCUAAGCCCAGAUUUGGAUUCUUCACUUCUGACUUCAAAGCUAAAUCCUCCGUACAGUUUUACAACCAGCUGAUCAGCAGCGGUGGCUUCCCGUCUGAGAGCAGCAAGCCUACAUGCAGUCAGACUCUGAGGAGCACAGAGUGCACCAUCUGCUCCCUUCUCCUGCAGAAGAAACCGCUGAUAUUCUUUGGUUGCUGCUUCGUUUCCACUGUGGUUCUCCUGAUAUCCAUCACCAUGUUUCGUCGGCGAAAGAGAAGAAAAUUUUGGAAAGCAAAGAACUUACAAAACAUACCUCUAAAGAAAGGCCACAGUAGAGUUCUCAGCUAACUAUCAUAUUUCUGUCCUCAUGAGAGCUUAAAUAUU